AUGGUCGAACGAUUCUGGGGUGGCAACGAGUACUGGAAGAGGGGCGAUGGCGAAAAACAGUGGCCCCGGGACAAGAUCACCGACGUCCAGCUCAACUACCUCCUUGAUGAACUGCGAUAUGGCGCGAGCCAGUACGACGACGAAACUGAUAUCUUUGCGACGGCGAUCCAUAAGGUGUACGAGUCGCGAUCUCUGAUACCCGCCGAUGUCAAGGCAUCCCUCGAGCUCCUUUAA